GCUCGCCCCGCCCCUCGUGUGACGUCGCGGUGUAAACAGCCAGUGAGGGGCGGAGAGGGGGGGAGCUCACGGCGGAGUCUGGCGGCAGCGUCGCGGCGCUACAGGAGCGUCUGUCGGGCUUUGUUUUGUGGAUGUGAAUGAGCUCCUCCAGAAAUGUGGACGGAUUUAAGGACUCUGCUACUUGUUCAGGCGUUCCUCCUCGGGCUCGUUUCCUCGGAAGGGACGGACGAGUGCGAGGAUGGACAGUUUCAGUGCCACAACAAGAGGUGUAUCCCCACCAUCUGGAGGUGCGACGACGACGACGACUGCUCAGAUAACAGCGACGAGGAGAACUGCCCCAGGAAAACGUGUGCCCCAGCAGAGUUCGCCUGCUUCAAUGGACAGUGUGUCCCGGGGCGAUGGCGAUGCGAUGGGGAACCCGAAUGUCCGGAUGGUUCUGAUGAAGCCGAGGAGACCUGCAGCAAACAGACGUGCCCUCCAGAGAAAUUUGACUGCGGGGGAUCUGCUAACAAGUGUGUCUCGUUGUCAUGGAGAUGUGACGGGGAGAAAGAUUGCGAGAACGGGGCGGAUGAGGAGGACUGUGCUGCUGAUGCCAAGGCCUGCCCCGGCGGAGAGUUCAUGUGCGCCAACCGCAAAUGCUUGGCCACCGUCUACGUGUGUGACGGUGACGAUGACUGUGGAGACGGCAGCGACGAGCUCAAGUGCGGUUCCCCGCUGACCUGCGGGCCCAACCAUCUCCGCUGCAACACCUCAGAGUGCGUGCCUCUCAUGUGGAGCUGCGACGGAGACCCCGACUGCUCCGACGGAUCGGACGAAGGCCCUGAUCGCUGCGGAGGCGACGGCGCCCCCUACCUGCACCGCAGAGCCAACUGCACUGCAGGCGAGUUCCGCUGUGCCAAUGGGGAGUGUAUCCGGCUGACCUGGAAGUGUGACGGUGAUCCAGACUGCAAAGACAAGUCGGAUGAGUCAGAAUGUCCUCUCCUGACGUGUCGCCCCGAUGAGUUCCAGUGCGGUGACGGUUCGUGCAUCCACGGAACCAAGCAGUGUAACAAAGUGCACGACUGUCCUGACCACAGCGACGAGUCCGGAUGUGUUAAUGCCACCAAGUGUGAAGGGCCCCUGAAGUUCCAGUGUAAGAACGGAGAGUGCAUCGAAAGCUCCCGGGUGUGCGACUCUGUCAAGGACUGCAAAGACCGAUCGGAUGAGCCCAAGAAAGAGUGCGGGCUGAAUGAGUGCAUGAUCAAUAACGGCGGAUGCUCCCACAUCUGCAUGGACCGACCAAUCGGUUUUGAGUGCCAGUGCCCCACUGGUUACCACCUGCUGGACAAGAAGACGUGUGGAGACAUUGAUGAGUGUGAGAACCCCGACGCCUGCAGCCAGAUCUGCAUUAACUACAAGGGGGACUUUAAGUGUGAAUGCUACGAAGGCUACGAGAUGGACCCCGUCACAAAGACCUGCAAAGCAGAAGGGAAAAGCCCUUACUUACUAUUCACUAACCGGCACGAGAUCCGGCGCAUCGACUUGGUGAAGAGGGAUUAUAGCCAGGUGGUGUCUGCACAGAGGAACGCCGUGGCUCUGGACCUGGACGUGGCCAACAACCGUGUCUUCUGGUGUGAUCGGUUUCACCGCAAAAUUUACAGCGCGUUCAUCCACGAGGCCAACGACCCGUCCCAGCAGGUGCCGCUGGUGGAUUCCUCUCUGCAGACCCCUGUGGGUUUGGCUCUGGACUGGCUCCAACACAACCUCUACUGGACAGAUUCAGGGGAUAAAUCCAUCUCUGUGGUGUCGGUGGACGGCACCAAGAGGCGUGUCCUCAUAAACUCCGACCUCAGCGAGCCGCGGGCCAUAGCAGUGGAUCCCCACCACGGAUUCAUGUACUGGUCAGACUGGGGCACACGGGCCAAGAUAGAGAAGGCCGGUAUGAAUGGAGUGGACCGACAGGUGCUGGUGUCCGAAAACAUUGAAUGGCCCAAUGGCAUCACUCUCGAUGUGGCCAACAGUCGUCUCUACUGGGUGGAUUCUAAGCUGCACCUCAUCGCCAGCGUGGACUUCAACGGCGCUCACCGCCGAACGCACCUCUCCUCGGCAGACACGCUGGGACAUCCCUACUCUCUGGCUGUUUUUGAGGAUCGGAUCUACUGGACUGACAGGGACAGGGCGGCGGUCUUCAUGGCCAACAGACUAACUGGCCAAGACAUUCAGGCUCUGGCUGAAAACCUCAAUGACCCUCAUGACAUUGCCGUCUUCCACCAGCUUCGACAGCUGCAAGGCCCUGACAGCUGUAACCUGGGCAGUGUGGCCAAUGGAGGCUGUGAGUACUUGUGCCUGAAGGCCCCACAGAUCACUGAGCACUCGCCCAAAUACACCUGCGCCUGCCCAGACGGUCAGGACCUGGGGCCCGACAUGAGGGGCUGCGUACCAGGAGCUGUACGAGAGCAUGCGACACGGACUCCGCCACCUCCGUCUGCAGUCACACCCGGCAGUGGAUUCACCGCACCAGAAGGCUUCCCUCCACCCUCGCCGGGAAUCUCUCAGGCGGAUGCUAUCCCCUAUUUGACCACCGCUCCCUCUGCCUCCCCCGAGCCUCCCACAGCCCUCAGCUCCUUCAAGCCCGUGUCCUCACAGGAGUCAAAGGCGCUGGGCUCUCACUCCACAGCAACCGCCAUGGUGAUUUCCACCACGCCUGCAGGGGACAGCAGCAUCUCCCAGCACUCCGGAGGCGAGCAUUUCCUAAUGGGUGAGAACCUGACGGUGGCAGUGCUGGGAGUGGUCAUUCCUAUUGUUCCUAUCGUUGCCACAGUGGUGUUCGGCCUGGUCUGCGCCGGAGUCUACCUGGUGUGGCGGAACUGGCGUCGCAACUCCACGAAAAGCAUGAACUUCGACAACCCAGUGUACCGUAAAACCACCGGCGAGGGCGAGGAGGACGAGAUCCACAUCGGGCGGACUGACGCCAUGGGGCACCACGUGCACCAUCACCCGUUCCCACAGGGGGUCAGCAUGGGUGUCGUGGGAGCGGGAGGCGGGACCUGCCCGCAGUUCAUCGCUUUGCCACUUGGGGGCAGCAUGCCCGACCCUGGAACUCACUGGUACACGGAGCAGCCCAUGCUGUCCACGGCAAAGUGACCUGCAGAGGCCACAGCCGGAGGAGACAUCUGCUCAGGCCCGCACACACUCCGAAGGCGGGGAAACUUGGACGGAGGUUGCAGAAGCGACACAUCAUCGAGUCACGCAGCCGUGUCCUGUGCCAAUUUCAUUAAACAACCACCAGUUCUGAUUAAACAAAGACGGUUUUCCAGCUCCGCACUGGAAUGUCUCCACAGAAUGGAGAGAACUAAUUAAGAAACUUUCAUCAGAGUCGGAUGCUUUUGAUCUCCAUGACAGUUGAGUGAGACGUGUGCUUCAUGUUUUUGUGUCACGAUUCUCCUUUGUCCUCGAUGGGUUUAGUUUGGGCCGAGUUAUUCCUGCUCGACCGUGGAGCUCCGGGAAAAGCUGCUAGGGAGGGAAGAGCCGUGAAAGUGGGGCAGCCCGAGCGUCGGUGGGACGACCUGUACAGAAUAAGAGUCGAUCACACGUCUUCACUUCAGUUGUGUAUUUAACAUUUCUACUUUAUGGAAGUUUAGUUUAUGAUGAUCCCUGGCGCAGAGCCUUUCACGGGUCGCUGUCUUGACAUUUCAAGUUGUAUUUGAGCACAGUUUGGUUUUUAUUUGGUGUUUGAAUCCCCGGAAGCGUUUGCACAGAAGCUCUUUUUUUAACUUGUUUAGGUGGUAAAUCGUCUGAGAAAAAGCAAUAGGUUGUAGCUGUCAAGCAGCUGCCGUGUGGUGUGGCUGACAAAAGCCAUUGAGUGUUAAUGAUUUCCUUUUGAUGACCUGCUUUCGACUGUGACGCACGCAAGCAAAUUAGUGGUGCUCUGCAGAGGACGCCACCUACAGCAUAAUCAGCAUGCACAAUAGCUUGCAGCCCAUCCGUCGUGGGCGUACACACAGCCUCACAAGGCGGCCGGUAUCGGCGCUGAUGGAUAAAAGUACAGCUGGAGUCCGAGAAAGACGCUUCACGUUGCAAAAUCUUGAUCCACCCGUCCUGCGAAGCGAGCGUGUGCCAUGCUGGUUAAGUCCAUUCAUGCACUCUCAAACGUGUGAUCGUAAGCAUGCAUGUGUGCCAACGUUCAUCCCACAGCCAUAUUUGAACUGUUUGUAUGCUCUUUGUUGCACAGCCCUCUUGGAAUGCCUUCUGUAUCGUGCUUUGCCUGGAAGAGAUGUGUGGAAACACACGGGUGUGUGUCCUGCGUGCGUGAGAGUGUGACACCUGAGGGGCUUUUUGAUUUUGUAAAUAUGUUUUCAUAAGGUUUUUGAUAAUGUAUUCUGUAAUUAUGUAAAAGAAAAGUUGUAUAUAAGAUUUUAGAUAAAGUGUUGGCUGGAAUAUUAAUUUAUUUGUACAAAGAGAAGCACUGUUUCCCCUGAUUGGGAGAAGUUGGCAUUUCCCCACCAAAGUGAUUUGUUUGGUUUGUGUUGUUUUUAUGCUGUGCAGUUUUUGUGUGUGUGUGUGUGUACAACUCUUCUCUCUUUGUUUUCUCACAUAAAACAAGGCCUCUGUCUUAAGAAGAAACCAUUAGUGUCAAUGAGAAGAUUCAGUUUUGUUUUAUGUGCCUUUUUUGUUCAACUUUUGACUUUCUUUUUUUUUUUCUCCACAUGAAAAGAGCAGGGAUCAACCAACUUCUUUACAUGCAACGAUGAGCCGUGUGAAAAGCAAACUGGUUCCACUUUUUCAUUUUAUGUAAUGGAUGACUUUUACAUAUCUCUAUAUAUUGGUAUAUAAAAAUCAGUGAAAAACGC